AUGGCGAACGCACAUCCUUAUUUCCCUUGUUAUGGCAUUUCGGAAUGGGAAAUACAUCCUGCCAACAAUACAAUGGAUUUUGUCAUUCGGACGGCCACUGGAUGGGCCAUUCACGUCGACAUCAACCCUUCAUAUUUCCUCCGCUCCCCACGCCUCCUUCAAGAGUACAGCCGCUACAUGGAAGCCCUACGAACUCGUCAUCUAACGAUGGGCAGCGUAGACGCUUUGAAUUGGCUUGCCACUCCGUUUCGACUUGUCGUCGCAGAACUGGCGGAGCACAGUCCGCCUCUGCCGGCGGGGGUAAUUCCAACAUUGUGGCACUAUUUAUCCGCGCCCCGUGCCGUCUUCCAGCUUCAUGCGGUAGACGAAAACUUUCGGCCUGUCCGAAUAGCAUCUAGUCCGAGGUCGUUGACUGCCGUGGCCACUCGCAUAGAUGAACAGUUUCUAACAAUGCCCCAUCGGUGGACAGUGUGGUAUCAUCCUUGCAGAGUGCAGAUCGAUAUGCUUUUCCGGCAUAAUCCAAUGAUCAACCCACCUUGCAAAGUUUGGGCUUUAAGUAAGAAUCAUCAACCUGCUGUGUGCUAUUUCAAACAGUUUCGGUCUGGGUACGUCCUAGGGGAGGAGAAUGCAAAAUUGCUGGCACAGAAGAAGCUGGCCUUGGCACGGGGGACAGCUAAGAACCGCCAUCAAAUAUGCACUCUACACGGACUGGUGCUUGAUGAAUCUGGACACGGUUUCGUUGGCAUGCUCUUCGACUGGAUUGACGUGAGAGGGAUCAUGUCGCGCAACCAAGUAGCAUCUGCGUCUCACCAGCUGCGAGACAAAUGGGCGCAGCAGAUCAAAUCGUCAGUGGAAAAGUUGCAUAGUGUUGGGGCAGUCUGGGGCAACGCGGCGUGGAAUGAUGUACUCAUUGAUAGGAACGACAAUGCAUGGAUCACAGGUUUUGGGGCCAGCUAUUUGCCGGGUUGGGUAGAUGCGGACAAGAGAGGAACAGUGGAUGGCGACUUGCAGGGUUUGGAGAAAAUAUUGGACAUGCUACAACCAGCAUCACGAAGAGCGCCAACUUUCUUUUCUUUCUGA